AUGUCAACACGUGAACCCCCAAUAGUCCUCCCCGCAACAUCACCAGCAUCCUCUCCUUCUCAAUCUGCGGUCAUCGUAUUCAUCCACGGCUUCGGCGAUACAGCAGAAGGUCCUUCUUCCGUCGCUGAGCAGUUCCAGCGCGCUGACAAGCUGCCUUACGCCUCUUGGACCAUCCCAAACGCGAUCGAGGAGCGUGAUUUGGGUGCCACUGCAUGGUACAUGCCGACUAGACUUUCGCCAUACCCGCCUUCGCGACCAGAACUCGAAGACGAUGAAGACGAAGAUGGGAUGCUUAGGAGCGUGAGGUACAUUACAGGACUGAUAGAUGAGCUGGUUGCGCAAGGGGUUCCAGAGAAGAGGAUAGUGUUGGCGGGCUUCUCACAGGGCCAUGUCAUGACGCUACUCACGGGAUUGAUAUCGAAGCACGCAGGCAAGCUGGGUGGUUUGGUUGGGCUGAGUGGCUACAUGGCAAUUUCAGACCGAGUGCCGGCGCUGAGAGAGGAGGCUGGACUACCGAAGGAUGUGGAAGACAACAUCGAGAUAUUUCUGGCAAGGGGCACCGGCGACAGGCUCGUGCCGAAGCGCUAUCAUCGCCUGUGUUGUGAGGCGCUGGUCAAGUUUGGUGUCAAGGAGGAGGUGUUGACCAUCAAAGAGUAUGAGGGCAUGGGCCACGUCAUGGGUGCCUCAGAGCUGAGAGACCUGUCUGCCGUCUUCGUAUACAUGCUGUACGAAUUCAGCUUCCCAUACGAAACCAGCGAUCCCAAUGCGAAAGCGAAUCACCCCACAAACGAUGGCGAAGCUCAGCAGCCCAAGCAGCAACAGCAACGUCCCGACUACAAGUCCAUCAACUGGUCGAGAAAACCCAUACAGCACCCUGUAAAGAGCUUCAUCCAGCUACCCACAGGAACGCCAUUGAAGCUUCCCAGGAUACAGUUCGAUUUCAAAAAGGAAGACCCCACGGCGAAGAAUAUACGUGAGAAGCGGAAGGAGGAGGUUAGGAAGCAGUUUUUGAAAUGCUGGACAUCAUAUCGCCAGAUGGCCUGGAUGCACGACGAGCUGAAACCCAUCAGCGGCGAAGUCAAUGAUCAUUUUGGAGGCUGGGCUGCUACGCUCAUUGACGCUUUGGAUACACUCUGGAUCAUGGGCUUCAAGGAGGAGUUCGAGUCUGCCAUCAAAGAUGUGGAGCAGAUCGAUUUUGGCUAUACUGCGCUUAGCCAGGUCAAUGUGUUCGAGACAAAUAUCCGUCACCUGGGUGGCCUGCUCGCAGCGUAUGAGUUGAGCGGAGAGAACAGGCUCCUCAACAAGGCGAAGGAGGUUGGCGAGAUGUUGUACCACGCGUUUGACACACCCAACCGCAUGCCUGUCACGAGAUGGGACUUCCGUGCUGCAGGUGAAGGCAAGCAGCAACUCGCAGACCCGCAAGUUCUGCUUGCAGAAAUUGGCUCGAUGACGAUGGAGUUCACACGUCUCUCCCAGCUUACCGGUGACCCUAAAUGGUAUGAUGCCGUUACUCGUGUCUCGAAAGAGCUCGAGAAGCAGCAGGAUAAUACUCAUCUGCCGGGCAUGUGGCCGAUUGUCGUCAACGGGAGGAAGCUUGACUUCACUGAGGACAAUACAUUUACGUUGUCAUCAAUGGCCGACUCUACCUACGAGUAUCUAGGGAAAAUGCACGCUCUGCUAGGUGGCCAGGAUCCUAUUUACAAGAAGAUGUACGAAAAGGCCAUGGCGGCCGCGAUCAAACACGUUCUGUAUCGCCCUAUGACGUCCGACGACUCCGACAUGCUUGCUUCAGGUGCCGCUCGUGUGGAAGGAUCGACAGUCUUUUUGGAUCCGGAGCUGCAACAUCUGGGCUGUUACACUGGUGGCAUGUUCGCCAUUGGAGGCAAGCUGUUCGACAACAACGAGCAUGUUACCAUUGGGCGGAAGCUUGCUGAUACAUGUGUCUGGGCGUACAAGAGCAAUCCUGCGGGCAUCAUGCCCGAAGUCUCCCAUCUCGUCAAGUGUGCAAACACAACCGCAUGCCACUGGGACGACAGGGCGUGGCAUGCCGAAGUUACAGCGAGAGCUGAUCUUCAGAGAGAAGCAGAUCCAUUGAGGAACAUUGCAGGCCUUAGACUGCCCCUUGGGUUCUCGUCGAUCGAAGACCGCCGGUAUAUCCUCCGACCUGAGGCUAUCGAGAGCGUAUUCAUUCUGUACCGUAUCACCGGCGAGCAGUCGUGGCAAGCUGCAGGUUGGGACAUGUGGACUUCAAUCAUGAGGGUCACGGACACGGACAUUGGUAACGCCGCUCUGCUUGAUAUUUCAGCAGACACACCACCCAUGACAGAUUCCAUGGAGAGCUUCUGGAUGGCAGAGACCCUCAAGUACUUCUUCCUCUUAUUCAGCGACCCAAGCUCGAUCAGCUUGGAUGAGUAUGUUUUCAACACUGAAGCACACCCGUUCAAGCUCCCCGAGGCCAAGGCUAAGGCAUAA